AUGGAUAGUUUUGGUCGACUUCGUAAUGUCGUAUGGGUUCAUUCACACUCUAAGGUUGCAUAUGAGGAGUUCCAUGAUGUAAUAUGCCUUGAUACCACAUGCCUUGUGAAUCGAUACAAUAUGUCAUUUGCUUCAUUUGUUGGUGUCAAUCAGCAUAGACAGUCCAUACUUUUGGGAUGUGCUCUCAUGUCUAGUGAGGAUAUAACAAGUUACAAAAUGGUGCUAUCUACAUGGCUUGGGGCUCUAAACAAUGUUCAUCCAUUAGCUAUCAUGACUGACCAAUGUGAUAGUAUUAAGGCUGCCAUCAAUGCAUUGAUGCCAAAUACGUUAAGCAGAGUUCUUGAUGGUAAGAUUGCAAAGGCAGAAUUUAAGGCUUUAGUUCUUGAUAGCAUUAACGUUACUGAGUUUGAGAGACAAUGGACUGAUUAUAUUGAAAAUUAUAACUUAGAUGGAAAGGAUUGGUUUUAUAAGCUUUAUUUGGAGAAGGAGAAAUGGGUUCCUGUAUACCUAAAUAACCACUUUUGGGCUGGGAUAUUGUCCACACAAAGAAGUGAAGGAAUGCAUGCUUUCUUUGACGGAUUCAUCACCCGCCAAAGCACUUUGAAGCUAUUUAUUCAGCAAUAUGAGUUAGUCAUAAGAGUUAAGUUCGAGAAAGAAUUGGAAGCUGAAUAUAGGUCAAGGUGCUUUGAACCAAAAUGUUUAUCUGAAUUUGCAUGGGAGAAAAAAUUUCAAACAUGUUAUACUCGUGAAGUGUUUGAAUUUUUUCAAGUACAGUUAAGGAAAAUGUACCAUUAUGAAAUCAACACCCCUAAAGACCAUCAAGCAACAACUGGAGUGGAGAAUUACAUUAUUGCAGAUUAUUCGUUCAGGAGUUUUAACACUAGAGAUCCAUUUAUAUUCACGGUUGAAUAUACACCUAUUGGUAAAUAUCUAAGUUGCAGUUGCAAGCGGUUUGAAACAAGAGAAUUGGAAGAUACAAAUGAUGGUGUGGGUGAUGGUAAGGGUGGGGGUGAGGGUGAGGGUGAGGGUGAGGGUGAGGGUGAGGGUGAGGGUGAGGGUGAGGGUGAGAGUGAGGGUGAGGAUGAAGGUGAAGGAAGAAAUAUAAGAGAUCCUAGAUACGUAGCUUCUCGUGGACGUCGAAGGUUGAAUAGAUAUAGAGGGCGAAUUGAUUCAUACUUUAGAAGUUCACAAACGGGUGGUGGAAGUGGAGUUAGAGGUAAUAGGAUGAGUAGAUGUGGUGGUAGAGGUGGUGGCAGAGGUGGUGAUAGAAGUGGUGGCAGAGGUGGUGGAAAUAUUGAACUAGCAGAAGGAAUUGAG